AUGUCCGAAAAUGCCGCAUCAACUGGACCUCUAUGGCCUACACAUGGCUUGCAAAGCCCACGACAUAGAGAUCUGAAUAAGCAUCAACCUUUUCCAACAGACGCUUCAUUGAUUAAGCCCAUUUCAUUGCUAACCCAGUCCCUAGCUACCAGAUACGAGAAUGAUGAGAGUGUCGAAGGAGAAAUUUCUUCCAGUUUUGAUGAGUCUUCCAAGUCACCGGCAGAAAUGAACUUGUCUCUAGGAGGGAAAUCACUGAAUGCGACGACUGGAACUAUCAACGAGAAAGGCAAAUCAUACCUUCCGUCAGCAAACUUGGCACAUAUAGCAUUUAUGAUGAACCCAAAAUCCAAAUCCUCUAGACUUGAGCUCACAACUGAUGUAUCAAGGUCAGCAGAUUAUCUUUCCCUCGAAAAUAAUGUCGAAACUUUACUCGUUAGCCAUAGGAACUUUAUUGGGAGAGUUAGAUGUCGAGGCAUGUCUCUUGAAAGGACAAAGAAGGAGAAGAUGAUGCAUAAUUUGACAAAUGAUGAUUAUUCUUCCAAUCCUGGAGAUACUGGUAUAACUGCCACGACUACACCGUUUCCUACGCAAAUAAUUUCAAACAAUCCGCCCACAGACGGUGUGCGAGCACUCUAUAGGUCGUGGAGAGGUUCAAUAGCUGGCUUGAUAACUGAAAAACCUUGGUCAAUAGAUGAAAAUAAUUGUGGCCAAAAGAACGAUGGAUUCAUUGAAAAGUCUAUAAAAGAGGCUCUAACUAGUAUAGAGCCAAGUGCCCGAAGUCGUAAGGCGAGUCAUCACAUGCGAUUCUUUAAGGAGGGUCUCUGCCCUGAAGAUUCCCGUACCAGAGGCAUAAAAAAUAAGGGGUCUCAGAAAGAACAAACGUGUAACUACAAGGUUAUACUUUCACAAGAUAGACAGGUUAAUAAUUCUGGGUCAAAAGUUGAGGCAGAUAUAUCAUGUAACAAAAUUUUUCAAGUUAAGCCCUCACUCGAUGCAGGGAAUACAACCCCCAGAAGGUUAGUCGAGCUAGGUUUGAUAGAUACUGAAGGGGCAGAGGCCCCCAAUUUUGAUAAAUUAUCUAGUGCCGAUAUAUUUUGCCCGCAAGAACAAGAUUCUACGACAGAUGAUGUGCUGAAUAAUUCAAGGGGAUCUCAAAAUUUAUGCCUCAGCUCCCAAAGAGACACCUCCUUCUCUAGUAUCCUUCCAAGUACUGGUCGCGAAAUAACAGUGGGGCCUGAACCUGACACUCUUUCACGAGUAACCAGUGAACAGACAGAUACUUAUAACAAUCGAUAUGUGAAACCAGAUCAGACUCAAAACUCGGAUGAAGAUGAAGACUCAGGAGAAGAACAAAUAUCAUCUGCAUUAUUUCUACCCCAUCAAACAUCCCAAGAAACUACGGAAAGGCUUAGAGAUACUUCAGACUCAAACCUCAGGUCAAAAGCUAAUCAUCCAGACGCUCCACAUUCUAACCAAUGGCUUGAAAAUCACUCAGCCUUACCUCUUCGAGAAUCUGAAUGUCAUCCUAAACACCUCGGGAGGACUAAGUCGCAAUCAGGCUACGGUGUAGGCCAUCGAAAUCACUGUAUUCAAGAAUCCCAUAAUCAGUCUAGGGACAACGCUCCAAGUUAUUUAAAGAUAAAUACACCAUGCCAGGAUGAUUCAUCAUUUCACGUGGAUGAAAUUUCUGUCAACGAAAACGAUAUGACUCCUACCGAUUCCUCAAGAAUUUUCUCUCCAUUUGUCGAUAGUGCAGUACAAAUUCGGUCAGAACAAUCAACUGUGAAACGACCUCUUGAUGCUAUAGAGCUUAUUCCUUACAGCCAUCAAGUUGGGGGUCACACAACAUUGUGGCGCUUUUCCAAACGAGCAGUUUGCAAGCAACUUAACAACCGUGAAAAUGAAUUUUAUGAAAAGAUUGAGCAAUAUCAUCCCCAACUUCUUGAAUUUCUUCCAAGAUACAUUGGUGUUCUAAAUGUCACAUUUGAAAAGCAGAAUCGUCGCAAGCCCAUUUGCAAAAGCGCAUUAGACCCAUCUAAUGAGCAGCUGAACCUCGUCCGCGAAAGCAUAGUAGAUGAAGCACCACAGGUUGAGGAACUCCGCUCGGGUGAAGUUCAAAUUACAAGAAGUAGUCAGACUAUAAAUAGACGCACGGCUGAUCAGUCAAAUGCAUGUUCCCAACCGCAACCAAUACCCACUGUCACGUUUGCAGAUAACAGGCACAUCAUACCGACAAGUAUCCUUAAGCCUCAACCAGAAAUAAGUGAACUAAAGGUUGGCUUAACAGGUAAUCAAGACUCGCUCAGCUGUACGAUAGAACCUGAUCAAAGUGUUGAGGCAACCAAUUCUCGUCCAACUAACUCAGUCCCAGACUCUAACCCGUGGGGGAAAACCCAUGUGAAUAAGAUGCUUCGUGACGAUGUUUUUCGAGAAGUUUUUCUUCAGAAACCAGUCCCAAUUCGUCAUAAGAAACCAGCCACCUAUCGAGCAAUUCCAUUUCGUAAAAAUAAUCUCAGAAAUUCUAACUCAGAAUCAAACCUCUCGGAGGCCAAGCAAGACGAUUCACAAAAAGCUAAUCCUUGCGUGAAAGAACCUCAAAUAGAUUCACAGAAAACUAGCUCGAAAGAUAUUUCAUAUGACAAACAGAAGGCCAUCUCAGAAAACUUAGAUCACGAUAUCACUGAUACUGAUCUGAAUGACCAAACUGGUCGAAGUGCACCUGAGCCUGAAAUACCUUUUGAAAAGGGUGGAAAACGACAAAGGAGGUAUUCCAGCGGAGGCCUCCGUCGUAGACCGACUCAAGUAGCUGCAGACCGGGGACAACUCAAGUACUUUGAGGAAGCGGAUGAUGUAGGAUUCAAAGGUGACCCAAAUAUAGUGUUUACUAUGGAUCUUGAGCUUGGCCGUGAAAACAUAUUAGGCAGUAACUCGUCUCUUGAUAACAAUAUCAAUUACCAACACUCUUUAACGAAAGUAACAGAGUCAUUGCAGAAAUGUAGUUCGAUUACUGAUCCCUGCCCUAAAGAAGAUCAUUUAUCUAGAUUACCUGAGCUACCGCGUCCAGUCAAUCCAAAAGAAGCUCGAGCGCAGCCUGGCUCCCGUGUCGAGUAUUUCUUACUGUUGGAAGACUUAACAGCAGGCAUGAAGCGUCCUUGUAUAAUGGAUUUAAAAAUGGGAACCCGACAGUACGGGGUAGAUGCGAGUCCUAAAAAACAAAAAUCACAGAGAAAAAAAUGUGCCGCGACAACGUCAAAGGAAUUAGGUGUUAGAGUUUGUGGGCUUCAAGUCUGGGAUGAAAAUGCACAAGAUUAUCUAUUCGAAGAUAAAUACUACGGCCGAAACUUAAGAGCGGGUGAUGAGUUCCAAAAAGCCCUCACUCGAUUUUUAUACGAUGGAACUGACUACUCAAGUGUAUUGAGACAUAUUCCAUUAAUUCUGCAGAAGCUUUCAGAGCUAGAGGUCCUCAUCAGAGGACUUCUCGGAUAUAGAUUUUACGGAACUAGCUUACUAAUGUUCUAUGACGGAGCUGCCAAUAUCGAAUAUUCCAGUGAUAACUCUAUGUCUAAUAGAGACGAAAGCAUCACUCUCCGGCAAAUAGAUUUCAAGAUUGCAGAUUUCGCCAAUUGUGUGACUAGGGAGAACUUUGCAGCUAGUGAACGGACAUGUCCGCCACAACACCCAAACAUGCCUGACAUGGGAUUUUUGAGAGGCUUGAAAAGUUUGAAACGAUACUUUUCAGCGAUUCAACGAGAGCCACGGAUCGAUAUCGAACCCAAGCACUCCAAGUUUAUUCAAGGCUCUAUAAAUCAUAAAUUUUCCACAGACCUUGCUUAUGAUGUCGAGGAUGGGUAUAUUAGUUACUAA